GCGCAUGCGCACCUCACACCAGGAAAUGACUUUUGGUGACAGAACAGCUGAAGCAUUACAAGCACACCAAAGCCCGAAACAUGGCGGGUUUGAGUAAAUAUGUGACGGCCAAAAACUCGUGCCUGGCCGGCGGAGUUUUGUUGGUCGUUUACCUGCUGAAGCACAGAAACCGAAGGUCCAAACAGAACAGCACUAAAGGAGCGUCUCAGCUCGUGCUCAACACAGACAAAGAUGGAAGAAAAGACAAGGCGGCCGUGGAUAAGGUUUUCUUCCUCCGGAUCCUCCGGAUUCUGAGGAUCAUGGUGCCACGGGUUUUUUGUAUGGAGACUGCCUACCUCAUGCUUAUCGCCGCCAUGUUGGUGGCCCGAACCUACUGUGACGUGUGGAUGAUCCAGAACGGCACCAUGAUUGAAAGUGCAAUUAUUGGUCGCUCAACAAAAGAUUUCAAGAUUUUCUUGUUCAGUUUCGUCAAAUUCAUGCCGCUUAUUGCGUUGGUGAACAACUUUCUAAAGUUGGGUCUAAAUGAGUUAAAGCUGAGGUUUCGUGAGCGACUCACAAAGAAGCUGUACGACCAGUACCUGCAAGGCUUCACUUAUUACAAAAUGGGAAACCUGGACAACCGGAUAGCUAACGCAGACCAGCUGCUGACCCAGGAUGUGGAGAAGUUCUGCAACAGUGUGGUGGAUCUUUACUCCAACCUCAGCAAGCCUCUGUUAGACAUUGGUCUCUACAUCUUCAAGCUGACGAGCGCCAUCGGUGCUCAGGGUCCAGCUAUCAUGAUGUCAUACCUGCUGAUCUCAGGACUGUUCCUGACCAGACUGAGGAGACCCAUAGGCAAGAUGACUGUGUCUGAGCAGCGCUUCGAGGGAGAGUACCGUUACGUCAACUCUCGUCUCAUCACCAACAGUGAGGAGAUAGCCUUCUACAACGGGAACCUGAGAGAGAAGCAGACCAUUCACGCCACAUUUAAGAAGCUGGUGGACCACCUGCAUAACUUCAUCUUCUUCCGUUUCUCCAUGGGCUUUGUGGACAGCAUUAUAGCAAAGUAUGUGGCAACAGUCGUGGGGUACCUGGUGGUCAGUCGGCCGUUUCUCAGCCUGUCGGACCCUCGGCACCUUCACAGCAGCCACUCUGAGCUGCUGGAGGACUACUACCAGAGUGGCCGGAUGCUCCUGAGGAUGUCCCAGGCCCUGGGCAGGAUCGUUCUGGCUGGGAGAGAGAUGACCCGUCUGUCUGGAUUCACAGCCCGGAUUACUGAACUGAUGCUGGUUCUGAAGGAGCUGAAUGCUGGCAGAUAUGAGAGAACCAUGGUUUCGCAACAGGAGAAGGGUGAGGUCCGGCACCAAUGUUCUGGUGUGUGGACCCAACGGAUGUGGAAAGAGCUCCUUGUUCAGAGUGCUUGGAGAGCUGUGGCCGUUAUUCGGUGGAUCCCUGACGAAACCAGAAAGAGGAAAGCUCUUCUACGUUCCACAGAGACCUUACAUGACUUUGGGCUCUUUGAGGGACCAGGUUAUCUACCCUGACACCAUAGAAGAACAGAGGAGGAAGGGCAUGUCUGAUCAGGUGUUGAAGGAGUAUCUGGACAAUGUUCAGCUGGGUCACAUCCUGGACAGGGAGGGCAGCUGGGACUCGGUCCAGGACUGGAUGGAUGUUCUCAGUGGAGGGGAGAAGCAGAGGAUGGCUAUGGCCAGACUGUUCUACCACAAGCCCCAGUUUGCCAUUCUGGACGAGUGCACGAGUGCUGUGAGCGUUGAUGUGGAGGACUACAUCUACAGCCACUGCAGGACGGUGGGCAUCACCUUGUUCACAGUGUCCCACAGAAAGUCCCUCUGGAAACACCACAAGUUCUACCUCCACAUGGACGGCCGAGGGAACUACGAGUUCAAGCCCAUCACUGAGGAGACCGUAGAGUUUGGCUCCUAAACGGCAGCUGAUCAGAGCCAUGCCUGCACUGUUUUGUUUCAAACCAUCCUUUCAUUGUUUGCACUCAAAGAACUAAAACUAGAAAAUAAUGGUUUUAAUCAUUUAUCACUUAGUUGUGUUUUCUGUUUAUUUAACUUUAAUUCUGUUUAAUCAGGAGGAUUCUUGAUUGUGUUUGGGGGUUAGAUCAAAUUAAACAAGUUGUGUUUCACUUGUUAGGUGUUUGAGUAAAGGUGGAGGUGCUUGCACAGGUUUCUGAGCGAAGGGGCACCUCAGGGUGGUGUGUUUGGCCCUCUGUUGUUCCCUUCAUAAAACAAGACUGAUCCUCAUCACUCUCUCUGCACAGUCUUUUCCACGCCUGCAGAGGCUGAAAUAUUUUGUUAGCAGCAGUUUGGGGGCAGUUAGUUCAUAUCAUUCCAAAUAAAAUAAUAACGGCAAAUAGUUUGUGUUUAUAAUUGCUUUGUCGUU